AGGAUGCGUCACAAGUUAUGUGGUAGUUCGCCCUGAGGCUCGAGAUUGUAACCUGUUGAUUUUUGGGAUCUGACUCGAGGAAGCUCACAAGUUCAAAAAUGGCUGACCAACUCACAGAAGAACAAAUCGCCGAAUUCAAGGAGGCAUUCUCCUUAUUCGACAAGGAUGGCGACGGCACCAUCACCACCAAGGAGCUUGGAACAGUCAUGAGAUCACUGGGUCAGAAUCCCACCGAGGCUGAGCUGCAGGACAUGAUCAAUGAGGUCGAUGCUGACGGUAACGGCACGAUUGAUUUCCCAGAGUUCUUGACGAUGAUGGCUCGCAAGAUGAAAGAGACAGACUCAGAAGAAGAAAUCAGGGAAGCCUUCAGAGUCUUCGACAAAGACGGCAACGGUUUCAUCAGUGCUGCCGAGCUUCGCCACGUGAUGACCAAUCUUGGUGAGAAGCUUACAGACGAGGAGGUUGAUGAGAUGAUCAGAGAGGCAGACAUUGAUGGAGACGGACAAGUCAAUUACGAAGGUGAGUGUUCUGUGAGUUCAUGUUUGAUUUCCUGUUUUUGUUUCAAACAGACUGACCAACUGACAGAAGAACAAAUCGCUGAAUUCAAGGAGGCGUUCUCCUUAUUCGACAAGGAUGGCGACGGCACCAUCACCACCAAGGAGCUUGGAACAGUCAUGAGAUCACUGGGUCAGAAUCCCACCGAGGCUGAGCUGCAGGACAUGAUCAAUGAGGUCGAUGCUGACGGAAAUGGAACGAUUGACUUCCCUGAGUUCUUGACAAUGAUGGCAAGAAAGAUGAAAGACACCGACAGCGAAGAGGAAAUCAAAGAAGCCUUCAGAGUUUUCGACAAAGACGGCAACGGUUUCAUCAGUGCUGCCGAGCUUCGCCACGUGAUGACCAAUCUUGGUGAGAAGCUUACAGAUGAAGAGGUUGAUGAGAUGAUCAGAGAGGCAGACAUUGAUGGAGACGGACAAGUCAAUUACGAAGAGUUUGUGAAGAUGAUGACGUCGAAGUAGAUAUUGCCAACUUGGAUUCAUCUUGACACGUCAUUCAGCUUGGUGGAAAUCCACAGUUUUCUUAUUGCAACAUUCUUGUACAGUGUAUGAUCAAAAAACAUAAUUUAAAUCUUGAUAAUGUUAUACAAAAAAUGCGAAACUUUCUUAUGAUGUUUAAAUUUCAUUCCAUCCCAAACGUAGUUCUAUCGUAAAGACUUUUAAUUUUUUAUCUUGGGCAAUAAAAAUGAGCAGUAAACAAAACUGGAGGGUUCUUAAUACAAAAUUGAACCAGUAAAAACUACACAUUGUUUUUGCUGAUUUCACUUUUACUAAGAACCUUUAUUUAAAACAGACCACAUUUAUAUGAACUUAACUGCAUUAAGGCAACGCAUGUGUGAACUGAGUAGGAAUUUAGCUAAUAAUUAUGGAUUGUUUAUUUGUACAAGAUUCUUUCGGAGUUUGCCAUUCAAAUUUGACAGUUUUGUAGAUAGUGUUAAAAUCUGUGAUCCGAACAUAUUUACAUUUUGUCGUUAUAAUUCAACUUGGAAAAUAAGCACAAGGACAAGUACGCAAAAGCCACGUUGUAAAACAAAACAUAAAUAUCCGUUUUUGUAUCUUUUAGUUAAUCAUGCAUUUUGGACGAAGUUUUGUUUAAAAAAAUAAGUUUUUUUUACAAUAAUGCGAACAUCAGACGAUGCAGGGUUGUUGGUUGGUGAUUAUUUUGUUUUCCCUUUUUAUCAUCAAUAUAUUUUUCCUUUUCUCUGCAGCAUUAAUGUAAAUAUUUAUGCUAUCAUUCAUGGCAUUGUUUACAUAACAUGAAAAUGGAAGUUGCUUUCUUUUUGUAUCAGUGCCUUAUGGACCACCGGUUUUAUGUCUGGAUUUUAAUAAAAAACAUUUUCUUUCCGAUAAUA